AUGCGUCUCUACACGCUCCGCAAUUCAGAUUUCCGGGAGAGCCUUGGUGUGGAGCCGCUACUUCUCCAGUUUGAGAGUCACAGUUCCGAUGAUUUGUGCCGAAGCAAAUUUUACGUGAUUUCUUUUGACUACCGGUCAAAGAAGUUCCUGAGUGGUGUCGAGUACCUUCCCAAGGAAAUGGCUCUCAUAGAACUUUGCUUGGAUUGUGGUAUUACGGAUUACCUAUGCUGCACGUGUUCAGGGGCGUCCAGUUUCAUCACCCCCGUGCACUAUUUAUCCAGCCGCAUAGACUGCUACUACCGACAUCACAGACCUCCGUUGCUCACUCCGGAAGGGAGCUACUUCGAACCGCACUUGGUACUUCCUGGCUUCCCUCCUUCGGUCGAUGAAGCGCGGAACAUUGUGAAACGUUUCCUCACGUCGAAGACAUCGCGUGGCGGCGUUCGACGUCUCUACUGUCUCGCUAGCGAAUUCACUGCCGUGCAGGGAUGUCUGGCACAUUUGAAAAUUUUCUUAGAUCCGUCCGGACUUUUGAAGUGUGAGACGGUGUGCUGCAUUGAAGAUCUUUAUGUAUUGUUGAGUGCUUGGCAAUCGCGCCCGGUGAGCGAAGUGGACAUGAAGCAAUUUACCGAAAGCUGUAAUGUCCAGAUUCGAGCUUAUCGUCCUGACCCUUCAUUUGUGUGCCGCAGUCAUGGUCUUCGUCGCAUGCAGCAAUGUCCACUACUGAAAGCACGUCUGAUCACAGAAGAGUUCUUGCGACGGGUCUACGGUUCUGAAGGUGAUUCCCUUCCAGUUGAUGAUCGAUUACCGAAAGUACGGGAGCGUGCGUCUGCGUUUGACGCUUAUGAUAAUCAGUUGCCAUUCAUCAGGGCUUCAAAUCGUUACUCUGGUUACUCAUUGUCUAAAAUGAAAGCGUUGAGACUGGAUUUGCACAUAGUUCAACGGGUAUCCUCGCUGUAA